CCGCAUAUCAUCCUUGGUUUGAGAUUUGCGCGACGUGUUCAGAUCCCACGACGAUGUAUCUCCACAGGAAUGAUCCUCCAACGUGUCCAUUACGAGCCAGGAAGUAAGCCGCAGCAGCCCUUACAUAUUUAAACAUAAGGUUGCUGCGGUUGCUUCAUAGGUUACCAUACGACCUUGCCUACCUCGCACCUAUCUCUAAGAUUGCAACUUCUGACACAACACACCCUUGUCAGUAGAAUAUAAACUCGUCAAUUAUCCAAUCUAGUUAAAUGCAAACAGUAAGUACCCAAAACCAUCCCCAAUUAUCCAAUCUAGUUAAAUGCAAACAGUAAGUACCCAAAACCAUCCCCAAUUCCCAACAAUGAGAUAUAAGUCAUACAACCAAAUUCAAUUGUAUGUGCCUAUAAUAUUGACCAAUUAGAUUGAUUUGGCCUCAUUCUUCUAACGGCUCAAGACACGCUCUCGCGUCCUAAUGCUACGACUAAACCUUCACAAUCUAUUAGAGUGGAAUGUCGAGGGUCUGCUGGGUAGCUAUAAAGCAACAACUUUAGAUGAAUUCUGGAUUGGACUGUUGGCUUUCGAGGCUAUCUUGAUUACGAGCGUGCUCGGUCUUCGGGCCCUGGAGGCGAUAGGCCGUAGAGUGCAGAAGUCACGGUGGAACAGAUCCCGCGGUGUAUUAUUAUAGACUCUAAACUAUCUAGAAGCUUUUAAAUGAAUAACGAGAUUACCCAUGAAGAGCUUACUCCAUAGGAUACUUAAGA